AUGAUCCCCUACCAUUCUCUCCACGAUGCCGAGAUCGCUCUCGGUCGCAAUCUCACCUUCGCCGAAACCCUCUGGUUCAAUUACUCCGCUACCAAAUCCGAUUACGUUCUCUUUUGCCACAACAUUAUUUUCCUUUUCCUAGUCUUCUCCCUCGUCCCUCUCCCACUCGUCUUUCUUGAAAUUAAACGAUUGUACCCAUUCGAUUCGUACAAGAUCCAGCCUAAAGUUCGGUUAUCCCUCCAUGAAAUGCUCAAUUGCUACAAAGAUGUUAUGGUUAUGUUCUUCCUCGUCGUUGGUCCUCUUCAGCUCGUUUCAUAUCCUUCCAUCAAGAUGAUUGGGAUUAGGGCAGGGUUACCGUUACCGUCUGGAUGGGAGAUCUUGUCGCAAUUGGUGGUGUAUUUUUUGGUGGAGGAUUAUACGAAUUACUGGAUCCAUAGGUUUCUGCAUAAUAAAUGGGGUUACGACAAGAUUCAUCGUGUUCACCAUGAAUAUCAAGCUCCGAUUGGAUUUGCGGCGCCUUAUGCUCACUGGGCGGAGAUCUUGAUACUUGGGAUUCCGUCUUUUCUUGGACCUGCGUUGGCCCCUGGUCACAUGAUUACGUUUUGGUUGUGGAUAGCAUUGCGCCAAGUUGAAGCUAUUGAUACGCAUAGCGGGUAUGACUUCCCCUGGAAUCCCACAAAAUAUAUUCCAUUUUAUGGUGGCUCCGAGCAUCAUGAUUACCAUCAUUAUGUUGGAGGACAAAGCCAUAGCAAUUUUGCAUCAGUUUUCACGUACUGCGAUUACAUCUAUGGAACUGACAAGGGUUUUCGGUAUCAAAAGAAGAUACUUCGAAAUCUGAAGGAAGAUUUGACAAAGGAUGCUGUGAAGAAUACAGGAUCAUACGAUGCACAAGAUUAUGGUAAAUCCGAGUGA